AUCGGGACCGGGAUCAAGCCGGGAUCAAAGCCGGGAUCGCAGCCGGGCUGUCCCGCCGCCCUCGGCCCGGCCCCGACCCCGGCAGGAGCCGCACGGUGCUCCUUCCCAGAGGAUUUUUGGGGCAGAGCCAUUCCCGACGCUGCGUUCUGGAUCCAAAUGGGGCUUGUGGGCUGCAGCUCUUUUGAAGGCUUUGCUCUGUCACAAGGUUUCCCAAACUGGAAGGAGAAUUCCCCUGGUGAGCUCCUGAGGCCAUUCCUGAGUGUGGGAUGGAGCUGUGGAGCAGGGCAGACCCCCAGCUCCGGGAGGUCGUGUGCUUCUCCCUGCGCUGCCGGGCGCUGGCACUGCUGCUGCAGGCCGUGUUUAACCUGCUGAUCCCGGACCACGCUGCCGACGCCUUCUCCCCUCCUCGCCUGGGUGCUCCGAGCCCUUGGGACGCGCUGCUGGAGCGGCUGCUGGGCGGGCUGGCCCGCUGGGACAGCGAGCAUUUCCUGUUCAUCGCCGAGCACGGCUACCUGCUGGAGCACAACUGCGCCUUCCUGCCGCUGUUCCCGCUCAGCCUGCGGCUGCUGGCCGCUGUGCUGCCGUGGCCGCUGCAGCUGCAGCCCCGCAGCCGCCUGCUGCUGUCGGCAGCGCUGCUCAACGCGCUGCUCAGCGCGCUGGCGGCCGCGGCGCUGCUGGGGCUGGGCCGGGCCGUGCUGCAGAACCGGCGCCAGGCGUUCCUGGCCGCCCUGCUCUUCUCCAUCAGCCCCGCCGGAGUGUUCAUGGCAGCUGCCUACUCGGAGAGCGCCUUCGCCUGCCUGGCCUUCGGCGCCAUGUGGCAGCUGGAGAAGGGGCAGGGCUGCCUCAGCGGGCUGCUCUUCUCCCUGGCUGCCGGUGCCCGUGCCAACGGGCUCGUCAACGCUGGCUUCUUCCUCUACUCGCGUGCCAAGCGCUUUGCUCACCAGCUGCAGGGGGGAUCAGCGCCCCUGAGGAAGCUGCCCUCGUUGUGCAAGCAGGUCCUCAGCCUGGCAUCUUCAGCGGCCCUGAUGUGCGCUGGGAUUUUUCUGCCUUUCGCUGUGUUUCAGUAUUACGCCUACGUGAGGUUCUGCAGGCCUGGCACGGGCCUGGCUCAGAGCAUUCCUGAGCCACUGCUGCAGCUGGCACGGGACAAGGGCUAUCGUGUGGCAGGCACGGGUGGGGCUGAACCCCCCUGGUGCUCCCAGCGCUUCCCUGUGGUCUAUUCCUAUGUCCAGGACACUUACUGGAACGUGGGAUUUCUGAGGUACUUUGAGCUCAGACAGAUCCCAAAUUUCUUGCUUGCUCUGCCUGUCACCCUUCUGGGCUCGUGGGCUGCCUGGACCUACAUCAGCACAAACCCCCGGCACUGCCUGACCCUUGGUCUGGAGAGGGAUAAGAGUGAAGAGAAGGGAAAGGCCAGAGGUGGAUUUUGUGGCCCCGCUGCCUUCGUGUACGUGGUGCACAGCUCGGCCCUGCUGGUGUUCGGGUUCUGCUGCAUGCACGUGCAGGUGCUGACCCGGUUCCUUUGCUCCUCCUCUCCCAUCCUCUACUGGUUCCCAGCUCACCUGCUCCAGGAACACGAACCUUUACUCUGGAGCACAGGGACUGAUAACCCGAAAUCUGGGAAGCCUCUUGUGGGUAAAUCUCCCAGUUCCUGUGGGAAGAGGACCUCGGACAACCCCGUUGUGAGGCUGCUGCUGAACUGGCGAUUGCUUACCCCCCUCAGCAAGAGCAUCCUGGGCUUCUUCCUGGGCUACUGGCUGCUGGGGCUGAUCCUGCACUGCAACUUCUUGCCAUGGACGUAGCGGGGUGUGCGGGCACAGGCAGCAGUGGGACAGGAGCUCUGCUCAGAACUGAAACUCACCCGCUCUGAAAGCCUGCGGAGGCUGUGAGGACGCUGUUGUUGCAGUUACAGAGGUGUCACUCCAUGUGCCAGGCGGGUUGUUCCGUGUGGUGCGAUGCUGCAGCAUCCUGCCCCGCUCAGCUGGCGGUGCUGAGCGCCACAGUU